AUGAUGUCAUCAGCUUCGGAAGAACAAAUGACGCCGCGGACAGCCGCCGUGAGCUCCGCCGCCACCGCGUCGGGUCCGCCUCGCAAACGCCUAUUGUUCGACCGUCGAUAUGGUUGGGUGUUGGACGAGUGGAAAGAGCCAUCGGAAGAAGCCUUGGCCGGCGGCCGUGGAAUGUUCUGCAUUGUGCCCUUGGCAAAAGAGUUGUUUCACAAGGCAUCAGAAUCGCUAAACUUUGUUGGGAGCGCCACAUUGAAUGUCCUCGAAAGGCCAGACCUGCUCUCGCCCAGAGCCAUUCAGUCUUCUCUUAGUGAUCAAAUGCAAAAAAUUGCAUUUUCAGUGAGGAAUACAAAAUUGUUUUUGGCGGGACCCAAAAGAGAUGACGGAACCCAAUCUCCAUCUAGGCAGCUUGAAUCAAAAGAAAUAAACUCAGAUGUGGGAAUUUGGUUAUUUCGAAAAAAGCACAAUAAAAAGAAGUCCAUCAAAAAAUUGACACCGGUCGGAUCUCCAAACGCAGGCGCCGGAUUUCCCAGUCUUUUUUCUCUGUCCACGCCUGAGAAUUUUGCCGCCGGGUAUAGCUUGAAAAGAGCUCAGGAAGAAGCUGCUGCAAUGGGAGUAUCUGGCAAGCCACGACUUUCAGGAAUACAAAAGCAAGUGAUUGCUCUGUACAGAGGAUUUUUACGAGCAGCGCGUACUAAAUCACCCGAAGAACGUAUCAAAAUAGAGUCCAUUGUGUCUGAGGAGUUCCGCCGUAACUCCACUCAGGUCGACCGCAAAAACUUUCUUUAUAUUGAGUAUUCAAUUCGCCGUGGUAAAAAACAGCUGGACCAGCUAAAGAGCCCAGAUACUGUUGGCAUGUCAUCCUUAAAUAUUCAUGUUUAUCAGACAAAACAAUCUUAG